CCACAACAUAACCAAGUAUUAAUUUUAAAAUUUUGUGUAUUACUCAUCAUUCCGGUACAGUAUUUUCAAUAAUUUAUAGAAACUAUUGCAAACAUUUAGCGUAAAUCAUAAUGUUUGUACCAAAAAAUGCAUCGCUAUUUAUUUAUUCAUCGCCAUCGUCGGAAAACCCGCGGAGUUCGGAUCUGGACGCGGAAAAGGCCUUGUGUUCAGUGCGCAAGUAGAGGAUCGAUUUUCUUUUAAAAUGUCACAAGUGUUGUUACCAGCGAUGAAAUAAAGGAUUUUUCCCCGAAGAAAACAAAAAGGAAUUGAAUUACAAACAAAGAUGUCGUCGGUAAAAGUGGCCGUUAGAGUUCGACCGUUCAACAAUCGAGAAAUAGCGAGAGAAUGCAAAUGCAUCAUCCAAAUGAGCGGCAACACCACAGCCAUAACGAACCCCAAAGUGGAGCAAAACUCCAAAGACGCUCAAAAAAGCUUCAACUUCGACUACUCCUACUGGUCGCACGACGAAACCGAUCCGGCGUUCUCGUCGCAGCUGCUCGUCUACAAGGACAUCGGCGAGGAGAUGUUGCAGCACUCCUUCGACGGUUACAACGUUUGCAUCUUCGCCUACGGUCAAACGGGCGCCGGCAAGUCCUACACGAUGAUGGGCAAGCAGGAGGACGGCCAGGAGGGCAUCAUACCGCAGGUGUGUCAGGAUUUGUUCGCCAGGAUACGCGACAAUUGCUCGCCGGAUCUCAAAUAUUCUGUCGAAGUUAGCUACAUGGAGAUCUACUGCGAACGCGUCAGGGAUCUGCUCAAUCCCAAAAACAAAGGUAAUCUACGAGUGAGAGAACACCCGUUGUUGGGGCCCUACGUGGAGGAUUUGAGCAAAUUGGCGGUGAUGAGUUACCAGGAUAUACACGAUCUGAUCGACGAAGGGAACAAGGCCAGAACAGUGGCUGCUACGAAUAUGAACGAGACCAGUUCGAGAUCGCACGCCGUUUUUACCAUAUUUUUCACGCAACAAAGGCUCGACGAAAUCACUCAACUGACCACGGAGAAGGUCUCCAAAAUCUCGUUAGUUGAUUUGGCCGGUUCGGAACGAGCAGAUUCGACCGGAGCGAAGGGCACCCGCUUGAAAGAGGGCGCCAACAUCAACAAGAGCCUCACCACCUUAGGGAAAGUCAUAUCUGCUCUAGCGGAGAUCGCUUCGAAAAACAAGAAAUCGAAGAAGGCCGAUUUCAUACCGUACAGGGACUCGGUCCUCACGUGGUUGUUGAGGGAGAAUUUGGGCGGUAACAGCAAAACCGCCAUGAUAGCGGCCAUUUCGCCAGCCGAUAUAAACUACGACGAAACUCUAUCGACUUUGAGUUCUCUAGCUCUAACUCUUCUAACACCUCUAGCUAAAUCUAAUCUAACUCUUCUGUUACUCAAAAGAUACGCCGAUAGAGCGAAGCAGAUCGUGUGCAAGGCCAUCGUGAACGAGGACGCCAACGCUAAGCUCAUACGGGAGCUCAAAGAGGAGAUACUGAAAUUGAGGGAGCUGCUCAAACAGGAGGGCAUCGAGGUGCACGAAGGAAUCGUCGGCGACAAUGCUCUAUCGAGGAACAACAAGGAACAAAUCGAACGGGCCCGUUCGCAAUCCACCUCCUUGGCCGAGGAGGCCGUCGAUCAGCUGCAGGCCAGCGAGAAACUCAUCGCAGAAUUGAACGAAACAUGGGAGGAGAAACUGAAACGGACCGAAGCCAUUCGGAUACAAAGAGAGGCGGUGUUCGCGGAAAUGGGGGUGGCCGUGAAAGAGGACGGCAUCACCGUGGGCGUAUUUUCGCCGAAAUGCACUCCGCAUUUGGUGAAUUUGAACGAGGACCCUUUCAUGUCCGAAUGUCUGAUUUACUACAUCAAAGAGGGUUUGACUCGAAUAGGCUCGGAUCAGGCGAAUACGCCGCAGGACAUCCAAUUGUGCGGCUCCCACAUCAAACCAGAACACUGCGUUUUCGAGAACAAGGACAAUCGAGUGACUCUAGUACCGGUCAACGGGGCGUUAAUUUACGUUAACGGCAGAGAGAUAACCGAGCCGAUACAAUUGAAAACCGCCUCGCGCGUGAUACUCGGCAAAAACCACGUGUUCCGUUUCACGCAUCCCGACGAGGCGCGCGAAUUGCGCGACAAGAACAUGGCGACGUCGGAGCACGUCGAUUGGAACUUCGCCCAAAUCGAGUUGCUCGAAAAGCAAGGGGUCGAUCUCAAGGCGGAGAUGGAAAAGAAACUGGUCACGUUGGAGGAGCAGUAUCGCAAAGAGAAGGAGACCGCCGAUCAGUUGUUCGAGGAACAGAGAAAGAAUUACGAAGCGAGAAUCGACGCGUUGCAAAAGCAAGUCGAAGAACAAAGCAUGACGAUGUCGAUGUAUAGCUCUUACACUCCGGAAGAUUUUAAUAAUGACGACGAUAUAUUCGUGAACCCUCUAUUUGACGCAGAGUGCAACUGGACCGAAAAAGAAUUCGAAUUGGCCGCCUUGGCUUGGCGAAAAUGGAAACACCAUCAAUUCACAUCGCUCCGCGACGAUCUCUGGGGCAACGCCAUCUUCCUCAAAGAGGCCAACGCCAUCUCCGUCGAACUCAAGAAAAAGGUCCAGUUCCAAUUCACCCUGCUGACGGACACCCUCUACUCCCCGUUGCCCGUCGAUCUGCGCCCCCCGCCGCCCCACGACUACGAUCGCGACGACGACGCCUCGUCGACGCCCAAGACGCUGGUCGCCGUCGAGGUGCAGGACGCCAAGAACGGCGCCACGCACUAUUGGUCGUUGGACAAAUUGCGCCAACGUUUGGAGCUGAUGCGCGAGAUGUACCACAACGAGGCGGAGGCGGCGUCGCCGACGUCGCCCGAUUACAACGUCGAAGCGUUGACGGGCGGCGGCGAUCCGUUCUACGAUAGAUUCCCAUGGUUCCGGAUGGUCGGUAGAGGGUUCGUCUAUUUGAGCAAUUUGCUCUAUCCCGUCACGUUGAUACACAAGGUGGCGGUGGUGAGCGAAAAGGGCGACGUUCGAGGGUAUCUGAAGGUGGCUGUACAGGCUGUAGUGGAUGAGGACAACGCUGAUCAAGUGGGCGUCAGGCAGAGCGCCAGGAUCGCCUUCGAGGGUUCGCCGAAGGGCGUUUUGGACAGGAACAACGCGAGGAAUGCGGACGAUCGACACGGUCGCGAUGUCGUCGUCGUCGAUCCGAUCAAAUUGGACGAGUUGAUCGAAUGCGAUGCCGAUUCGGGACGAGGCGAUAGCUCGGUUUCGUCGGAUGUCAAAGAGGAGGAUGUACCGGAGCAUUUGUCGAUCGGUAAAGAGUUUACUUUUAGAGUAACGGUACUUCAAGCUGUCGGGAUAUCGCAGGAAUACGCCGAUGUGUUUUGUCAAUUCAAUUUCCUCCAUAGACACGACGAAGCUUUCUCCACCGAACCGGUGAAGAAUACGGGAAAAGGCACACCUCUAGGUUUCUACCACGUUCAAAACGUAAGCCAACACACCUACAACACUCCACUACAUCCAUCCAACCAACGGAGUAACCAAAACAAGGUUAGACUCGUGAUCAUCAAGCUCAUUCGCAUCUAUUGGAUAACGGUGACAUCGACGAAAUCCUUCGUCGAGUACAUCAAAAGCCAGCCGAUCGUAUUCGAGGUGUUCGGCCACUACCAGCAACAUCCGCUGCACAAAGACGCCAAACUGGAGGGCGGCAAUUUGCGGCAACCGCCGCGCCGGAUGCUGCCCCCGUCGAUACCCAUCUCGCAGCCGGUGCGUUCGACGAAAUUCGGCGCACUGCCGUCGCCGUGUACCGCCCACGUGCACGCCAAAGCCGACGUGCUCGUCUGGUUCGAGAUCUGCGAAUUGGCCCCCAACGGGGAGUACGUACCCGCUGUGGUGGAGCACAGCGACGAGUUGCCCUGCAGAGGACUGUUUCUCCUGCACCAGGGUAUACAACGUCGCAUUCGCAUAACGAUCGUGCACGAUCCGGCGUCGGAGAUCAGAUGGCGGGACGUGCGCGAACUGGUGGUGGGCAGGAUCAGAAAUACGCCGGAAUCGGAGGAGGACGAGGACGAGGACAGUUCGGUGUUGUCGUUGGGCCUCUUUCCCGGCGAGUAUUUGGAGAUACCGGGCGACGAUAAUCGCGUCAUGUUCCGGUUCGAGGCGGCCUGGGACAGCUCGUUGCACAAUUCGCCGUUGUUGAAUCGCGUCACGGCACAAGGGGAGCAGAUAUUCAUGACGAUAUCCGCCUAUUUGGAGUUGGAGAAUUGCGGUCGACCGGCCAUCAUAACGAAGGACCUGAGCUUGGUGAUAUACGGAAGGGACGCCAGGACGGGACCCAGAUCGUUGAAGCAUCUCUUCUCCGGUAGCUACAGAAACGCCGAGGCCAAUCGUCUAUCGGGCGUCUACGAGUUGCUGUUGCGACGCGCCAGCGAAGCAGGCGUGCAGAGACGGCAGAGGCGCGUCUUGGACACGAGCACCACCUACGUUCGAGGCGAAGAGAACCUGCACGGUUGGCGACCCAGAGGCGAUUCCUUAAUCUUCGACCACCAAUGGGAACUGGAGAAAUUGACGCGCCUCGAGGAAGUCGAACGAGUCAGGCACACGCUACUGCUCAGAGAACGCUUGGGAUUGGACAGAACGAGCAACUACAACAAAUACCAAUUGGACUACACCAAGAACGAGAAGGAGGCGAGCAACAUGGUGGCCAAAAACAACAACGUGAACGUCAUAGGUAACAACGAGGAGUAUUCGGAAGACGAACGCGACCUCAUGUUGCGCUGCAUCCGGCUCAUCCAAGGCAGGCACCGCGACAACACCGGCGGGCGCAAGGACGACGAAGCGUCGAGCCCGUCGGACGAGACGAGCGAAAUGGUCUCUUCGAGCGCGAUGUCCAACGACAAUUCGAUGGAGCUCUGUUCGCCGGAGCGCGGCGUCGCCACCGCCGCCGCCCCGUUCCCGUCUUCGUUGCCGCCCUCGCCGGCCGCCGCCGGACCGCGCGAUCCCGAGCUCGUCCUCUACGUGCCCGACAUGGAGGAGAUCCGCAUCUCGCCGGUCAUCGCGCGCAAGGGCUACCUCAACGUGCUCGAGCACAAGACGAUGGGAUGGAAGAAACGCUGGGUGUCGGUACGACGACCCUACGUGUUCAUCUUCCGCGACGAAAAGGACCCGGUGGAGAGGGCGCUGAUCAAUCUGGCGACGGCGCAGGUGGAGUACACCGAACAGGAGGAAUCGGGGACGGCGCCGGCGAAGAACACCUUCAGCGUGGCCAGCAAACGCAGGAGGUAUUUGUUGCAGACGUUGCACGAGAAGGAGGUGCACGAUUGGUUGUACGCCAUCAAUCCCUUGUUGGCCGGCCAGAUUCGUUCGAAAUCGGCGAGGCGCGAUACUCGAGGAGGCAACGCCGUCGGCGCCGGAAUAGAGGCGAAUGUUAAAUGAGAAGAUGGAGGGGAAUCGAAGUCGGUUUGCUGAGUAGCUUUUUUUUUUGUUAUAUCGAGGCGCGGGUGUGUGUUGAUUAGUGGAGAUAGGAGUAGGAUGUGAGAUAGAGGGUGGGGUAGAAGUCAAGCCCAAACCGGGGAAUGCCUUUGGAGACGACGUUGGAGAUGCCUACAGUGCAGUCGUAGGCAGGAAUAAGGUAUUCCUUUGGUAAAUAAAGAGGUUCAAAAUCUUUAAAUCUCUUUAUUUACCAAAGGAAUAACUUUUUCCUGCAUUCGACUGCAGUUUUGGCAUCUCCAUUGUCAUCUCCGUCAGACAUUUCCCGGUGGGGCGUGAGUUCUGGGCCACCCUGUGUAGUAAGACCAGAAAUAUAACAGGUGAGUUUUUUAAAUCCUAAGCUCUGUUAUCUCCAAUAAUCUCAUUAGGAUUUUCCAGUUAUUUUACAGGGUGUCGCGCGGCGGACGGUUGGAUCUGAAUAGGGGAUUGGUCCGUUCCUAAUGAUGCUAUAGGGUUGAGAGUAGGCAAGUACGAAACAUCCCUUCCUUCUCUUUCGUACUUUUACCUACUCUCAACCCUCUAGCAUCGUCAGGAAAGGACCAGUCCCCUAUUCAAAUUCAUGGGUUCGACGCUCACGACCCUGUAUAAUAACUCUAGUAAACCCUAAUGAGAUUAUUGGAGAUAACAGAGCUUCGGAUUUAAAAAAGUCACCUGUUAUAUAUCUUGUCGUACUAUACAGGGUGGCCCAGGACUCACGCCCCACCGGGAAACGUCUGACGGAGACGACAAUGGAGAUACCAAAACUGCAGUCGAAGGUAGGAAAAAGUUUUUCCUUCGGUAAGUAAAGAGGUUUAACAAGGUUUAAAAAUUUUGAACCUCUUUAUUUACCAAAGGAAUAACUUUUUCCUGCCUUCGACUGCAGUUUUGGCACCUCCAUUGUCGUCUCCAUCAGACAUUCCCGGUGGGGCGUGAGUUCUGGGCCAACCUGUAUAGUACGACAAGAUAUAUAACAGGUGACUUUUUUAAAUCCCGAAGCUCUGUUAUCUCCAAUAAUCUCAUUAGGGUUUUCCAGUUAUUAAUACAGGGUGUCGCGAGGCGGAAGUAUGGAUUUGGAGAGGAGAUUGGUCCGUUCCUAAUGAUGCUAGAAGGUUGAGAGUAGGCAAAAGUACGAAAGAGAAGGAAGGGAUGUUUCGUACUUGCCUACUCUCAACCCUAUAGCAUCAUUAGGAACGGACCAAUCCCCUAUUCAGAUCCAACCGUCCGCCGCGCGACACCCUGUAUAAAAACUGGAAAAUCCUAAUGAGAUUAUUGGAGAUAACAGAGCUUCGGGAUUUAAAAAAGGCACCUGUUAUAUUUCUGGUCGUACUACACAGGGUGGCCCAGGAUUCACGCCCCACCGGGAAAUGUCUGAUGGAGACGACAAUGGAGAUGCCAAAACUGCAGUCGAAGGAAAAACUUUUUCCUGCCUUCGACUGCAGUUUUGACAUCUCCAUUGUCGUCUCCAAAGGCAUUUCCCGGUGGGGCUUGAGUUCUGGGCCACCCUGUAUAGUACGACAAGAUAUAUAACAGGUGACUUUUUUUAAAUCCCGAAGCUCUGUUAUCUCCAAUAAUCUCAUUAGGGUUUACUAGUUAUUAUACAGUGUGGUGCGCGGCGAACCCAUGCAUUUGAAGAGGGGAUUGGUCCGUUUUUAAUAGUGCUAGAGGGUUGAGAGUAGGGAAAAGUACGAAAGAGGAGAAAGGGAUGUUUCGUACUUUUCCCUACUCUCAACCCUAUAGCAUCAUUAGGAACGGACCAAUCCCCUAUUCAGAUCCAACCGUCCGCCGCGCGACACCCUGUAUAAAAACUGGAAAAUCCUAAUGAGAUUAUUGGAGAUAAAGUUUAGGAUUUUUAAAAGUCACCUCUUAUAUUUCUACUAGAUAUACAGGCUGUUGAUUAAUGCAAUGUACUUAUUUUAAUGGGUGAUUCUCUUGUGCUAAUUUUUGAAUUUAAAAGUUUAUAUAAAGAUAUGCCCUCUGAACCUCAGUUUUUUAUUUAAAAUACAACCCUACAGGAUUGUAUUUUUAUUUUGAAAAUUUGAAAAACCGUUUGCAGUAUUAUUACAUUAUUGAAUUCUAAGAUAACAUAUUAUGGUAUAAAUACACAUGUACAAUAUCUAUAUGUAAAUAAAAUGUCUUCUUCUUUUCAAGACAACUAGUUUUUUUAAUUAUUUUCUUUAAAAUGAUGUAAGUUCUACGACAAAAACGCAAGAAACUUUUUUUUUUGUUUAAACUGAAAUAGUUAUCAAUAAUUUUUAAAGAAAGUUUCUAAAAAACAGUGGCGUACUACUUUUUUUGAAAAAAUUGUACCAAGACCUACCAAUAUCUACGCCACUGGUUAAAAUAAAAAACCUAUUUUUGGUUAAAAAAAAUGCGUAUUUAUACCAUAAUAUAUUAUCCUAGAAUUCAAUGAAAUAUCACAAACGGUUUUUCAAAUUUAUGAAAAAAAAAACCUAUAUAAAAAUAAAACUUUACAAACCCCUACAAAACCAAACUUCGGAGGACAUAAACCUUUAUAUGAACUUUUCCACUCAAAAUUAGCCCAAGAAUCACCCCUAUUAAAAUAAGUACACUGCAUUAAUUAUCACCCCCUAUGAAUAGAAAGAAGUAAUUAACACGGUUAAUGAAAAUAUUUUAGGAAAUGGCCCUUUUUUUAAUUCAAAAUUGUGACUCUGAAAAAUCGUACUCCUCUCCAUUUAAUCGAUCGCGAUCCUAACGCUGUAAAAGGAUAAAAAAAAUUUUUCAAAUGUAUCACCUAAGAUAUCGAUGUUUAGCAAUUUCUUCGUUGUGGUUUCUCGAACAAAUAAAAUCGUGGCUUUAUUAAUAAUAUUGCUGUUGUGGCAAUCAAAAGUUUUUGUUUGGAUUAAAAAACAAAAAAAAAACACCGCCGGAUUCCGUGUGAGAUUAGCAACAAUAUCUAGUUAUAUAUGUAUACACUUUGUUUGAUUUUUAUUUCUAUUGAAAUGUGCAUAGAAUUAUUAACGCGUUAGUACGAAUUGAUGAGGGAGGAAUUGUGGAAUAAAAAAUAAAUAUAGAAAAAAAAAUAUUUAACUUUGUUAGACACAUAAUUAAUUACGUUUAUCGAUUCGAGAGGGACGGAUCUCGAGACGGUUUUUUAGGUAAAUUAAGGAAGAAAUAAAAAACGCUUUUUAUUCUAAAAGUCGAUUAAGAUUAAGAUUUUUCGCAUUAACUUUUAUAUUUUGAUUUGUCGACGUUCCGGUAGAAUUUUUAAUGUAAUAACAUUCACCUUUUACCUAUUUACUUGUAAGGCCUCGUUUUUUUUUAUGGUGCAAUAACCCGACUACGAGUUAUCUCGUAGUAGUAAAUUCGUUUGAAUUGUUUCGAGCACCGUCAGUGUACAGAACGUCAUUAAAUUUAAAUUCAGUUUGUAUAUAUUGUAGUUAUAUUCGUUGCAAUUAUUUAUAUUUAUUUUUUCGUUAUGUAUUUUAUUUGAUUUUUGUUUUUGUUUUUACUAACGACCACGUGACUGAUAGGUUCUUUAGUAACGGCUAAAUUUUAAAAACUCUACGAUGAAAAGGUUUAGAAUAUAUUUUUCGAGGAUGUUUUGGAAAUGUUGGAGUAUUCGAUUUUUGUUAAUUUGAAAAAAAAAUUGCAAUUAAGUUUCCUGUUUCGCACGAAUUAAACUUUAAUGAAACUGUUAACGGGUUUUGUUCAAUUAGACUCGUUUAGAGUUUAGAGCAUUGAGCAAAACUCGUCUAUUACUUCAUAUAGUAGCGGCUUAUUAAACUUCAUACUUUUAUUUUUGUAGUUAAAUAGACCUUUAAAAAACCUUUUAAUAUGCAUCAACUAUGCUAAGCUAUGAUUGUAUAAAAAAAAUGCAUAAUAUACUAUAUUACGAAAUAGGUAGACAUUCCAGGAAAAUUAAAAAAAUAAAAAUCUCUUUGUUUGGAAUUUCAUUUCGUCUUUCAUACUUAUUGUAUCAUCGUAUAAGUAUUAUAUGAAAUAAAAUCAAUGAAAUGUUUCGUGUCUUUUUUCUCUAAAUCAUUUAAAACAAUCCACUUACUUUAAUUCCGUCUGUAAUGAAACCAGCCGUUUCUAUUCAUCGAAUUCUGCGGAGUAUUACUAUUAUAGCCGGGCAUUUGAGGAUUCGCUGCAAA